AUGGCGCGAGUAAUCCUCUCCAUAAACGCAGGGUCCUCAUCCAUCAAAGUUACGGUCUACAAACCCGAGAAACCGCCGGUCAAACUCGCAUCUGCACAGGUGGCUGGCCUCACCGCACCCCCCCGUAUCUUCGAGUAUUCGAAAGGUUCCAAUAAGCAAAAGAAGGAGAUCCAAGACGAGAUCUCGACUCCGCAAAAGGCGUUUAGAUAUCUUCUGGAUCACUUUUUGAAACACUCUGAGCUGGAGGAGGUGACUGGCAAGGAUGAUUUCGAGUAUCUGUGCCAUCAAGUGGUACAUGGUGGGGACUUCGAAGAGGAGGCGGUUAUUACGGAGGAUUCGUAUAGAUAUCUUCAGGCGUUGAAAGAGCUUGCGCCGCUACAUAACACCUCCUCCUUAGAAAUAAUAGAUACAUGUCUCCGCGAAAUUCCCAAAGCCAAAACGGUGGCAUAUUUCGACACCACCUUCCACCAGUCAAUGCCAGACUAUUAUGGGUUCCAUGGCACAAGCUAUUCGUUCAUAGUGCGCUCCGUUGCGGAGUUCCUGAAGCAGCCUAUCGAGUCGACGAAUGUUGUUGCGCUGCAUCUGGGAAGCGGUGCAUCUGCAUGCGCUGUUCAAAAUGGGAAGUCGAUUGAUACAUCGAUGGGAUUGACCCCUCUUUCCGGACUUCCAGGAGCAACAAGGAGUGGAGAUAUAGAUCCAAGCCUUGUUUUCCAUUACACGUCUGGAGCAGGGAAAUUGAGCCCGGAAAGCACGAAGGAUAUGCACAUAAGCACGGCUGAAUGCAUCCUCAACAAACAAUCUGGUUGGAAAUCCAUGACGGGAACCACGGACUUCUCGCAAAUAGCUACCAAAACCCCAGAAACAGAUCAACACCGGCUGGCCUUCGAAAUCUUCAUCGACCGCAUCGCUGGCUUCAUUGGAAACUACGUCGUGAAGCUCGAUGGUAGGGUGGACGCCCUCGUCUUUGCGGGGGGGAUCGGCGAGAAGAGCUCUCUUCUGCGAGAAAGAGUAGUGAAGAAGUGUAGAUGUUUGGGUUUCGCCAUUGAUCCGGAUGUGAAUGGGAAAGGGGUCGCGGGUGAAAGGGUCACUGUCACGGAUAUUUCAGAAAAGGGAGCCGCAGCAAGGAGCAUGGGAACGGGAUGGGGGAAGCAACCCCGUGUGCUUAUUUGCCAGACAGAUGAGGAGUUCGAGAUGGCGUUCAAGUGUGUUAACUCAUGCCUUUAA